AUGGCGAUACAAACCCUCCUGUCAGGCCUGACCCCGACCCUCACCCCAACCCACCUCGCAGCUCUCCUCUCCGGCCUAUGGCUCCUCUACGCCCUCCAGCUCGGCGUCCGCCGCCUCUACUUCAGCCCCAUCUCCCACGUCCCGGGCCCGCGUCUCGCGGCGCUGACGCAGCUGUACGAGUUUUACUAUGAUAUCGUGCUGGGCGGGCAGUACACGUUCAAAAUCAUUGAGCUGCACCGCUACUACGGGCCCCCCGUGGUGCGGAUUAGCCCGUGGGAGGUGCACGUCGGCGACCCGGAGUUCUUUUCGGAGCUGUAUACGGGGCCGGGGAGGGUUAGGGAGAAGUGGGGGUUUUAUACGCAGCAGGUAAUAACUGGAGAGAGCGCACUGGCGACUGUGAACCAUGAUCACCACAAACUGAGGCGCGCGGCGUUGAACCCUUUCUUCUCUACGCAGACGGUCCGCAAGCUGCAGCCUGUCAUCGAGGAACGGGUUGACGCGCUGCUUGAUCGUCUUUUGGAGCUCAGCAAGAGGACCAAGGAGCCGCUGGAUGUGAUGUAUCCGUUUUCGGCCUUUACUAAUGAUGUCAUUAACGAAUAUAGCUUCGCCAGGAGUGACCACCUUAUCGAGGACGAGACGUUUGGCAAGGUGGUGACUGAUAACCUCCUCAUGGGCACGCAUUUGGGGCCCAUGAUCAAGCACAUGAACUGGGCUCUGACGCUGGUCAACGCACUACCAGAGUCCUUUUCCGGACGUUUCAUUCCCGGCUGGGGCGGCUUCCUCAAGAUGAAGAACGAUAUCAAAAACCAAAUCGGCGAGAUCAAAGCCACGCAGGGCACGGAAAAGUGGCAGCUGGACGUCAGCCACCCGACAAUCUUCCACGACAUGCUCUCCUCCAAGCUCCUGCCGCCCGCGGAGAAGACGGUCUCGCGGCUCGCGCAGGACGGACAGAUCCUGGUGCAGGGCGGCACGCUCACGACGUCGUGGACGCUGUCCCUGGCCGUGUUCCACCUCCUCAACCGGCCCUCGACGCUGCGCCGGCUGCGCGACGAGCUGUUUACCGCGAUCCCGGACCGGGAUGCCGUGGUGCCGCUGGCGGAGCUGGAGAAUCUGCCGUACCUGCGGGGCGUCGUCAAGGAGACGCUACGGCUUGGGUUCGGGACGAGUUCGCGGCUGGCGAGGGUGUGUCCCGAGGAGACGCUGGUGUAUCACGACAAGGACGGCAGCGGUAGGAGUGUGCACCUCCCGCCGGGGACGGUAAUUGGGAUGAGCACGUACAAGACGCAGACGGACCCGCGUAUCUACUAUGACCCGUUUGGGUUCCAUCCGGAGCGGUGGGUCGAGGACGGCGCGCGGUUGGAGAAGUACUUGACUGUGUUUUGCGGCGGUACGCGGGUGUGUCUCGGUAUGGCGCUUGCGCAAGCGGAGCUGUAUCUCAUGCUUGCGAAGCUGUUCCGGCGGUGGGGCGGGGCGGGCGUUGUGGACGGCAGCGGAGGGAAGGGAGGAGAGGACCGGAGGGCGGGCGAUGUGGGCGUGCUCAGGAUCUUUGAGACGACGGUGAGGGAUUGCGAGAUGGCGGCGGAUUAUUUCAUUCCGAUUCCUUACAAGGUAUGCUUUGACCGAUCGCAAUAG